GCAUGGACAAAAGCCGAAACACACGUGACGAAAGCUAGCAAAGAUAACAGUUUAUCAUCACUAACUUCACACCAGACCCCUUUUUUUUUUUUUUUUUGGCGCCUUCUUUCUUUGUUUUGUAACCUGUAUUCACACCUUUGAUCAUUGUAAUAUCUCUUUCUCACUCUUUUUUAUUUUUUUGUGUCAAACUAAUCAUGUAAACAAACAGACAACCACUCGCCACCUAUUAAACCAAAGCCUUCCUCUCCUAACCCUUCCCUCUUAUCUCUAAAUCUCCCCUUUCUCUUCCUCAUUUCUCUCAAUUUCAUAAAAAAUGAAGCCGUUGAUGUCUCUCACCACUCUUCUCCUUCUGGGUUGUUGCUACGUGUCGAUUGCCUCGACACUGGAGGAGAAAGAUGGGAGCAAGAGCACUUACAUCGUUCACAUGUCUAAAUCGGAGAUGCCAGCGAGUUUUCAACAUCAUACUCACUGGUACGACUCGUCUCUUAAAUCGGUAUCCGACUCUGCUCAGAUGAUUUACACCUAUGAGAAUGCAAUUCACGGGUUCUCCACACGGUUAACCUCUGAGGAAGCUGAGUUACUUCAGGCUCAACCCGGGAUUCUCUCCGUGUUACCUGAGUUAAGAUACGAGUUGCACACAACUCGCACUCCUGAGUUCCUUGGACUCGACAAAAGUGCUGAUUUUUUCCCCGAGUCUGACUCGGUCGGCGAUGUGGUCGUUGGUGUUUUAGAUACUGGUGUUUGGCCUGAGAGCAAGAGCUUUGCUGACACCGGAAUGGGUCCUAUACCUAGUACCUGGAAAGGUCAGUGUGAAACAGGCACUAACUUCACAACUGCCAAUUGUAACCGCAAGUUAAUUGGCGCUAGAUUUUUCGCCAAUGGCUACGAGGCUACAUUAGGCCCAGUUGACGAGUCCAAGGAGUCCAAAAGUCCAAGAGAUGAUGAUGGUCAUGGCACUCACACAGCAUCUACCGCGGCUGGAUCCCUGGUGGAAGGUGCUAGCCUUCUCGGUUAUGCAAGCGGGACAGCGCGUGGGAUGGCCACGCGCGCCCGGGUGGCUGUUUAUAAAGUGUGCUGGAUUGGUGGCUGUUUUAGUUCUGAUAUAUUAAAGGCGAUGGAUAAAGCUAUUGAAGAUGGUGUUAAUGUCCUUUCGAUGUCACUUGGUGGUGGCAUGUCUGAUUAUUUUAAAGAUAGUGUUGCUAUUGGCGCUUUUGCUGCUAUGGAGAAAGGAAUAUUGGUUUCUUGUUCUGCUGGUAAUGCCGGACCAACUUCUUAUAGUUUAUCAAACGUAGCUCCAUGGAUAACUACUGUUGGUGCUGGAACAUUGGAUCGUGAUUUUCCUGCUUUUGUUAGUUUAGGAAAUGGAAGAAAUUACUCGGGUGUUUCUUUAUUCAAGGGAAGUUCUUUACCAGGAAAGCUUUUGCCUUUUAUUUAUGCUGGCAAUGCUAGUAAUUCUACAAAUGGGAAUUUGUGCAUGAUGGAUUCUUUAAUACCUGAAAAAGUUGCAGGCAAGAUUGUGUUAUGUGAUCGUGGAGUGAAUGCUAGAGUUCAAAAGGGUGCUGUAGUGAAAGAAGCUGGUGGUCUGGGUAUGGUUUUAGCCAAUACGCCUGCUAAUGGUGAAGAAUUGGUGGCUGAUGCUCACUUGCUGCCAGCUACAUCAGUUGGUGAAAAAAAUGGUAAUGCAAUUAAAAGUUAUUUGUCUUCAGAUCCAAAUCCGACCGUUACCAUUCUGUUUGAAGGCACCAAAGUUGGGAUUCAGCCAUCUCCAGUUGUUGCAGCUUUUAGUUCAAGGGGACCUAAUUCAAUCACACCACAAGUCCUGAAACCAGACAUGAUAGCCCCUGGCGUCAACAUCUUAGCAGGAUGGUCAGGUGCUGUUGGUCCUACUGGCCUAUCAACAGAUACCAGGCGCGUUGAUUUCAACAUCAUUUCAGGCACUUCAAUGUCCUGCCCACAUGUUAGUGGUCUGGCAGCGCUGCUCAAGGCUGCCCACCCAGACUGGACCCCUGCUGCUAUCAGAUCAGCACUCAUGACUACAGCUUAUGUAAGUUACAAAAAUGGGCGUAACUUGCAAGAUAGUGCUUCUGGUAAAGAUUCAACUCCAUUUGAUCAUGGCGCAGGACACGUAGAUCCUGUAUCAGCUCUCAAUCCGGGUCUUGUUUACGAUCUAACAGCCGAUGAUUACUUGAGUUUUCUUUGCGCAUUAAACUACACUGCAGCAGAAAUUACCAGCCUUGCAAGAAAAAGAUUCACUUGUGAUUCGAGCAAGAAAUACAGUCUUAAUGAUCUCAAUUAUCCUUCUUUUGCAGUCAACUUUGACAGCAUCGGUGGUGCUAGUGUAGCUAAAUACACACGAACACUCACUAAUGUAGGCACUGCAGGGACUUACAAGGCAUCAAUUUCAGGUCAAGCACUGGGAGUUAAAAUCUCUGUAGAGCCUGAAACAUUGAGUUUUAUCCAAGCAAAUGAGAAGAAAUCUUACACUGUUACGUUCACCGGAAGUUCAAUGCCGACUAACACUAACGCAUUUGCUCGUCUGGAGUGGUCUGACGGCAAACAUGUCGUGGGGAGUCCAAUUGCUGUUAGCUGGAAUUAGAAUGAUGAUAAAUGGGACAUAGGAGGAGUGGGGUUUGUUUAGUUUGCUCUGUCUCGCAAAGAAAGAGGCGGUGCAAAUUGAUAAUUUGCUUAGUUUUUCUUGUGUUAUAUCGUUAGAUCCAGGAAAUAACAGAAAACUGGAUAAGUGUUUGAUCUUUGUUCCCUGAGAGAGAAGACAUAGAAAACCAUUAAAAGAAAAUUGUGGGGAUGUUUUCUUUCUUAGUGUACAGUGUUAUUGAGAUAUAGUAUGUACCGCUUUUCCUAGUUGAUUUCUCAAGAUUAAAUUAUCUUUAACCA